AUGAGCCAUGCCAGCCUUGUUCAACGGGCGUUACUACCUCCUUCAUACUUCAAUUCUCUCUGUUCUAUUCUUAGUCCAUGCCCUGAUUUCGAUGCACCAUCACCCUCACUCACUCUCGCAACAACCCUUUUCCUUUUUCUUUUCAUUCACCUCGGGAAAGUGGAAGAAAUGUUUCAAAAAUACACCGGAAAGGUUACCGGCUGCAGGUGGUGUCGGGUGGGAAGAGAGGCUGCAAAGGCGCAGCAUUUUGCAGAAGACAGGCGCAUGCCAAGUGACCGGUUACGGGGACAACAGGUUGGUACCAUUGCUAUACUUCCAACACAAUCCAAUGCAAAACUUGCACUUGCACUUGCAGUGAGGGUUUACUCAGCCAAAACGGGUCUGCCACUGUGGAUGCUUGGUUUGGGUGCCGACCUCUUGUGGGCCGACAUGAACCGCCUCCUUGCCUUCCUCUUCCACCAGGGAGUUUUGGAUGAGCAAUUCUUGCAGCUUCAGCAGCUGCAGGAUGAGACCUCCCCAAACUUCGUAUCCGAGGUUGUCAACAUUUAUUUCCAUGAAUCGGAAAAGCUUCUCACCAAUCUCAGAGCUUUGCUGAUGGAGAGGGAGUUUUCGGACUAUAAGAAAAUGGGGAAUCAUUUGAAUCAGUUCAUAGGAAGCAGCUCCAGCAUUGGUGCCAAGAGAGUUAGAAACGUUUGCGUUGCCUUUCGUGCUGCUACUGACCAGAAUAACCGUGCUGGUUGCUUGCGAGCGUUGGAGAUGCUGGAGCAUGAGUACUGCUAUCUCAAGAACAAAUUGCACGAAUUGUUCCAAAUUGAGCAGCAACGUGCUUUGGCUGCAGGAGUUAGGUACCCAGUGCAGAAUUAA